AUGUACUCUCCCAAGCGGACAGUAUACUCCGUCAAAGAGGCCAGGGACAGAAAAACACUGGUCGUUCUUGGCACUGGUUGGGGUUCAGUAUCCUUCCUAAGCAAACUUGAUACCGAAGCGUACAAUGUUAUCGUCAUUUCCCCUCAAAACUACUUCUUAUUCACGCCGUUGUUGCCGUCAUGCACAACUGGUCUGGUUGACCCCCGGUCUCUCAUGGAACCAGUUCGCAGCUUUUUCGGAGAGCGGCCAGAUGCUGUUAAAUUCUACGAGGCAGAGGCUGUAAAGAUAGACUACGACAGGCGUGUCAUUCAUAUACAAGAUCCUUCAGGAGCCCAAGGGCAGGCAAGGCAAGCCGAAAUCCCAUUCGACAUGCUUGUGAUGGGAGUUGGCGCAGAUAAUGCCACUUUCAAUAUCCCCGGUGUCAAAGAGCAUGCAUGCUUUCUCAAGACGAUCAGCGAUGCACAGAAAGUGCGUAACCGCAUUGUUGACCGUAUUGAGGCAGCUUCUUUCAAGGAUAAGAGCACAGAAGAUAUACAAAAACAGCUACAAGUUGUCGUUGUAGGUGGCGGACCUACAGGAGUGGAAUUUGCGGCGGAGCUGCAAGACUUCGUCGACGAAGACCUAAAGAAACAGAUCCCGAAUUUAACGGAUGAUUUUCAGGUAACACUCAUUGAAGCACUUCCAAAUGUCUUACCCAUGCUUUCCAAGGAACUAAUUGAUUAUACCGAGGCAAGAUUGAAGGAGCAGACAAUACGCGUGAUGACUAAAACAGCAGUCAAACGAGUCAAUGAAGGGAACGUUGAAGUUGAGAUCACACAUGUGGACGGUGAGAAGGAGUUGAAAACUAUCCCAUACGGGCUUCUGGUAUGGGCUACAGGAAACAAACCCAAGGAAAUAGUGGAAGACCUUGCAAGACAGAUUCCAGACCAAAAGGACGUACGACGGGGGCUAGCCGUGGAUGAAUACCUCGCAGUCAAGGGUAGUCCGAAUAUAUGGGCAUUGGGGGAUUGUGCAAAUAGCAACCUGCCACCUACUGCCCAGGUGGCUGCCCAACAAGGCACGUAUCUGGCUGAGGUGUUUAAUAACAUGACAGCAACAGAGUCGCAGAGCCCCACAGAUGUCCAGCCAUUCCGGUAUUCACACCAAGGGACUUUAGCCUACAUUGGUAGCGAACUGGCAGUGGCAGAUCUGACGCUUCUGGGGAAUAACAUUCCAAGCGGGGGGUUUUUUACUUAUCUGUUCUGGAAGGCUGCAUACUUGAAUAUGUGUCUUACUGGUAAGCUUAGUCCUUUGGUACUUUUCCCCGUGAUCUUUUUGAUUUGA